AUGGCUCAGUGUGUGGGGGAGGAGAACUGGGCGGACAGCCGGACAGUGUACAUUGGACAUAAAGAACCCCCUCCGGGAGCUGAGGCCUACAUCCCUCAGCGUUACCCCGACAACCGCAUUGUCUCCUCCAAGUACACCUUCUGGAACUUCGUUCCCAAGAACCUGUUUGAGCAGUUCAGAAGAAUCGCUAACUUCUACUUCUUGGUCAUAUUUCUGGUCCAGCUUAUCAUCGACACCCCCACCAGCCCAGUCACCAGCGGCCUGCCCCUCUUCUUUGUUAUCACUGUCACUGCCAUAAAACAGGGCUAUGAGGACUGGCUCAGACAGAAAGCUGACUGCUCCAUAAACGAGUGUCCGGUGGACAUGGUGCAGCAGGGGAAGUUGGUGAGGACGCAGAGUCACAAGCUACGGGUGGGGGACAUCGUGGUGGUGAGGGAGGACGAGACUUUUCCCUGUGACCUCAUCCUUCUCUCCGCCAGUCGUCAGGAUGGGACCUGCUACGUCACCACCACCAGCCUGGACGGGGAGUCCAGUCACAAGACCUAUUAUGCCGUACCAGAUACCCUGGCCUUUAGAACAGAGCAGGAGGUGGAUUCGCUACAUGCCACGAUCGAAUGUGAACAACCGCAGCCUGACCUCUACAAAUUUGUGGGACGCAUCAAUAUUUACAAGGACAAUGAAGAGCCCGUGGCACGACCACUCGGAGCUGAGAACUUGCUCCUUAGAGGAGCGACACUGAAGAACACACAACGCAUAUAUGCUGUUGCAGUCUACACCGGCAUGGAGACGAAGAUGGCGCUUAAUUACCAGUCUAAAUCUCAAAAGCGCUCUGCUGUAGAAAAGUCGAUGAAUGCCUUCCUGAUAGUGUAUCUGUGCAUCUUGAUCAGUAAAGCGGUGAUCAACACUGUUUUGAAAUACGCGUGGCAGUGGUCUCCCGACCGAGAUGAGCCCGGGUACAACCACAGGACUGAGAACGAGCGGCAGCGGCACGUGGUGAUCCGAGCGUUCACAGACUUCCUGGCUUUCAUGGUCUUGUUUAACUACAUCAUCCCGGUCUCCAUGUACGUGACGGUGGAGAUGCAGAAAUUCCUCGGCUCCUACUUCAUCACGUGGGAUGAGGAGAUGUUUGAUGACGAGCUGGGAGAGGGAGCUCAGGUCAACACCUCCGACCUGAACGAAGAGCUGGGACAGGUGGAGUAUGUGUUCACUGAUAAGACCGGCACUCUGACUGAGAACAACAUGGAGUUUAUUGAAUGCUGUGUUGAUGGGAACGUCUACGUCCCGCACGCCAUCUGCAACGGACAAAUCCUCAGCGCCGCUUCAAGUAUAGACAUGAUUGAUUCCUCGCCUGGAGGAUACAGGAGAGAACAUGAGGAUCUGUUUUUCCGGGCUCUGUGUCUGUGCCACACGGUCCAGGUGAAGGAGGAGGAGACGGUGGAUGGUAUCAAGAGAGGCAUUCACCAGGGCAGGCCCACCUCCUUCUACAUCUCCUCCUCACCGGAUGAGGUGGCUCUGGUGGAGGGAAUGAAGAGGCUGGGUUACACCUAUCUAAGACUGAAAGACAACUACAUGGAGAUCCUCAACAAAGAUGAUGAGAUUGAAAGGUUUCAGCUGCUCCAUGUCCUGAACUUCGACUCUGUCAGAAGGAGAAUGAGCGUCAUUGUCAAGUCAAGCUCAGGAGAAUACCUGCUCUUCUGUAAGGGCGCCGACUCGUCCAUUUUCCCCCUGGUGGUGUCUGGGAAGGUGGAACAAGUGAAAGCUCGGGUGGAGCAGAACGCUGUAGAGGGGCUGCGGACUCUGUGCGUCGCCUACCGCCGGCUGUCAGAGUCAGAAUACGAGGAGGCGUGUCAUCACCUGACCGAUGCCAAGCUGGCCCUGCAGGACAGGGAGCAAAAGCUGGCGCAGGCCUAUGACACCAUCGAGAGGGACUUUGUGCUUCUGGGUGCUACAGCGGUGGAGGACAGGCUCCAGGAGAAAGCUGCAGAUACCAUCGAGUCCCUGCACAAGGCCGGCAUGAAGGUCUGGGUCCUGACGGGAGACAAGAUGGAGACGGCGGCGGCUACCUGCUACGCCAGUAAACUGUUUCGUCGAAGCACACAGAUCCUGGAGCUGACCAAGAAACGCACAGAGGAGCAGAGCCUGCACGACGUUCUGUUCGAGCUGAACAGGACCGUCCUCAGACAGCGCUCGAUUUCUGGGUUGUCAGUCGACUGCAUCGACUUUGGUCUGAUCAUCGACGGGGCCACUCUGUCCGCGGUACUAAAGCCGAACCCAGAGGGCGCCGGCCUCGGCAACUACAGAGAGAUCUUUCUGGACAUCUGUCGCAACUGUAGCGCCGUGCUCUGCUGUCGCAUGGCACCGCUGCAGAAAGCACAGAUUGUGAAGUUAAUAAAAGCUUCCAAGGAGCAUCCCAUUACCCUCGCCAUUGGCGAUGGAGCCAACGAUGUCAGCAUGAUCCUGGAAGCGCAUGUGGGCAUUGGUAUCAUGGGUAAAGAGGGCCGACAGGCAGCAAGGAACAGUGACUAUGCCAUCCCGAAAUUUAAACACCUGAAGAAGAUGUUGCUCGUCCAUGGUCACUACUACUACAUCCGAAUUGCUGAGCUUGUUCAGUACUUCUUCUACAAGAAUGUUUGCUUCAUCUUCCCUCAGUUCCUGUAUCAGUUCUUCUGUGGCUUCUCCCAACAGCCACUGUACGACACCGCCUAUUUAACUUUGUACAACAUCAGCUUCACCUCCCUCCCGAUCCUCCUCUACAGCCUGGUUGAGCAGCACGUCAGCAUGGACACACUCAAGCGGGAUCCCUCCUUGUACAAGGACAUAGCCAAGAACUCCCUCCUCCGCUGGCCCGUCUUCCUGUACUGGACGUGCCUGGGUGUGUUUGACGCCGUUAUCUUCUUCUUUGGUGCCUACUUCCUGUUUGACAACACCACUUUCACCAGCAACGGCCAGCUUAUGACCACCAACACACAGAUGAUGUUUGGGAACUGGACCUUCGGGACUCUCGUCUUCACUGUGCUAGUGUUCACCGUUACACUCAAGCUUGCCUUGGACACACACCACUGGACCUGGAUCAAUCACUUUGUCAUCUGGGGGUCGCUACUUUUCUACGUUAUUUUCUCUCUUCUCUGGGGAGGCAUCAUUUGGCCGUUCCUGAACUACCAGAGGAUGUACUACGUUUUCAUGCAGAUGUUGUCCAGUGGUCCAGCCUGGCUCAGUAUCAUCCUACUCAUCACCGUCAGCUUGUUGCCAGAUGUCAUCAAGAAGGUCCUCUGCAGGGCCAUGUGUCCCACAGCCACCGAACGUGCACAGGGUCACGAGAGGCCUUCGCAGGGCGGCGUGGCCGAGUCGACUCCACACUCCACCCGUCGAUCCUACAAGGGCACGAGCACGGACUCCUCUCACCUCCACCUCGGUGCCGCGGAGACGCUGUCGCUGCGCACGUCCGAUCCCCUGCCCCAGAAACUACUGGCCCACUUGGGAGAGGGGGGCCGGGCAGACCUGUGCUCCCUCAGCCCUUACAUGCUACGUCUCUCAGGGGCUGGAUUCGCCUACUGCGCUCCAGGGCCCGAGACCUCUGUGUGA